GAAUGGUAACAGUAGUAGUAGUAGCAGCAGCAGCAGCAGCACUAGUAGCAGUAGCAGUACCACCAACAUCACCACCACCAGCAGUGGGAUUGUGCAACGAGGUAAACGGAACGACGAGGAAUGCUCGUCAGCGAUGAGCGAACUGCGUAGGCGAAGGUUAGAGAAGUUUGCCACGUCCUCCCCUUCCGGUACGUCGGAUGGUCAGUAGGUUAGGGGAGGGGAGAGAAAGCUAUCCGGGCCCAACACGAAGCCAGUAGAAACUGGCUGCUAGCCAAGUCAACGAUGAUGAUGAUGAUGAUAAUGAUGAUCAUAAUGGAAGAGAAGUGGGGCCAAAUCUGAAGGAAUCUAAAAUCGUCGACGUCGCCGCCCCCGCUUCCGACACCGACACCGUCGGGCAGGAGCGUAAUGGCAAACGAUAAGCAUACAUAUAUGCUCCUAUCUAUGUUAUAUGUUACGGUAAAACGUUGUUUCGAGGGGCACACAGUACACAGAAUCGAAAAUCCCAUCAUUAUCUGCUUCCAGAUGCUGUGAGCUGAGAGCCACAGCAGCCAAAGCAGCAAAUCUAGACCGAUGAUCCUGACCGACAGCUAGCCAGAGAGACAGAGAGUUCAGAUUUGAAGUGUACUAGCUAGUCGCGCCAACUUCCUCUUCCUGUAACUCCCUUUACCAUGUUCGGUCAACCGAUGAGGCAAUCGAAAAUUCAGCAUUACAACUUUUACCUUUACUUCUACACAUUCUUUCCCGCGUUUAGCAUGUUUUCGCACUGCUUCCUCUUCUGUGUUUGAUGUUUUGUGUUGUUGUCGAUCACCGUUUGUGCAUUUUUUGUGUUAUUUCUCUACUUUACUUUUCGGUUAUUGUAUUGAGUUAGAUCCUUCGUUCAGUAGAACGAUGACACAAUCGUUCUGACAAGUGUCUCCGCCUUUAUGGACAGAGUUUCGUGAUCUUAGAAGAAUUGUAAAAAAACAGCAAAACUGUGCGACUUUCCUACUAAAGGCCUGUACAAAGGCAGUAAUGAAAUUAGAAGAGCAACUGCAAGAGGGAGAGACUUCGUGUGCGAUGUUCCAGAAACAAUCAGCAAACGCAACACCCGAAACCCGGAAUGUGAUGCUUGUUUUGUACUAUACUGCGGCAGCGCAAACUACUGCUGCUAUUCUGCUGUUACUGAAUGGUUCGUGAUAGAAGUGUCUGAAUAAAAAAAGAAAACAGGAGUCAAAACGAGUCGAAGAAAGCUUAUUAAGAACACAGCCUCUCAAGAAGGGGUAGCAGCCGAUGAUGAUGGCGCAAACGCAUAGAAACAGGCGGACAAAACAUGGCGUAUUGUAAAUAAUAUUAUACUAUUAUGUACUGUGGAAUCUUAAAGUAAUAAAGGCAAAACAACUCAAA